AUGCUGCUCAUUUUCAGAUGGACUCGCUUGUUCGUCUAUCGCCUUUGUGCUUUAAUCAUUGGCCUGCCGGCAGCGAUCGUCUUCGGAAUCCUAUUUGCCGUAGCCACUGUUAUCAACGUCUUCGCAUGUGUACCAAUCGCUAAACUGCUCAGUAUUCCCGGAAACUGGCUGGCUAAGACUUGGAGUUGGUUGGUGCAUGCCAUCGUCGAUCCCAUCGCUGGCGCUCUUGGACUUCUCUUCUCAUCAUUCACCAUUAGAAAAUACGGUAUCAACUCGCAGCCAACUGAUCCAUGUGUUGCCUAA